AUGGAAGAAAAAGAAUCAACUAAUGAACAAUCAAAUAAUUUAUCAUUAAAUAAUAGUAAUAAUAAUAAUCAAAAUAAUCAAAAUAGCAGUAUAUCCAAUAAUAAUAAUGACAAUAAAAGUCAAGAUAAUCUAAAUAAAGUUAAUGAUACUGGUAACAAUAAUCAUCAAAAUUUUAGUACUCGACCAAUACAACCUAAUCAAUCCCCAAAUGAUAUACAACCUUCAAUAAAUUUAAAUGGUAAUUCACAACCAAGUCCUCAUAAUCAACUACAACAAAAUCAACCUUCACAAUUUAAUCAUCAGAAUCAGUCUCAUGAAAUGUAUAAUAAUCAUCAUCAACAACCUCCUCAGCAAAGUUAUGAAUCGCAAUGGUCUUCCACAAUGAUGAUGGAUCCAAAUACAGCUGAAUAUUUAUAUAAUAUUGAAUUACCAACUUAUAUCCCAACUGAAUAUAGACCAGAGAAUCAAAAUAAUAACAGUAAUAACAUAAUGCAUAAUAUUCAGUAUCAAAAUAAUGUACAUCAACAAGAUAAUUUACCACACCCACCAUUAAAUGAAGAACAACCUCAACAACCAUUACCAGCUACAAAAUCAAAACAAAGACGUCCUUGUGACCAAUGUAGAAGAAGGAAAACUAAAUGUGUAAUAGUACCAAAUACCGAUAAUUGUGUACAAUGUGAGGCAAAACAAUUAUCUUGUACAUAUACAACUCCAGCAAUUAAGAGAAAACCAACAGAUAUGGGACCUGAAUUAAAUAAAAGAAGUAGAAUGAAUCCCUUGGACAAUAUACAAGUUCCAGAUGUACCUAUACGAGAUGUUGCACCAAUUCAAGAAUAUUCAUCAAUAAAUAAUUCCUUGUUGAAAAAAACACUAUCAUUACAAUUUCCAAGAUCAAGUUUCUACGUUGGACCAACAUCUUACCUUUAUGAUAUAAAUCUCUUAAAUACAAUAAUAGAUUCUCACAACCAAAAGCAAACCACAUCCACCACAACAAAUAAGAUAGAGCAAGUUAGUUUGAGUAACUCAAUUUCACUAAGAAAAGUUAGUGAUAAAGUACAAUUUGUUUUGAAAGAAGAUCAAUCACCACAAUCGUACCAAACAAUGUCAAAUGAUGUUGAUACGAUAGAAAAAUUUAUAUCACCUCAUGGACAAAUUUUAAUAGAUUUAUAUUUUAGAAUUAUUCAUCCUUCAUAUCCUAUCGUUCAUAAAAAGGUGUUUUUAGAGAAAUAUUCAAGAACUCAUAGAGAAUUUAGUGCUCCAUUAUUAGCAGCUGUAUAUGUACUAGCUAUACAAUGGUGGGAUUAUGAUCCACAACUAAAUAGAUUUCCAAAACCAAAUGUUGAAUUAAUACUAAAAAUUGGAUUAAAUAAUUAUUUACUGGAAAUUUUGAAAAGACCAAAGUUAAGUGCAGUUCAAGCGGGGCUCUUAUUAUUACAAUGUAAACAUAUCAUCAGUUGCAAAACAUAUAACGAUCAAAUACAAAAUAGUGGAGAUGCAGAUUAUUCAGAAUGGGUUUUGUGUUCACAAGUUGUUUCAUUAGCUGAAGAAUUAGGUUUAGGACUAGAUUGUAAUAAUUGGAAAUUACCCAAAUGGGAAAGAGGACUAAGAAAAAGAUUAGCAUGGGCAGUUUAUAUGGAAGACAAAUGGUUGUCCCUAAAAGAUGCAAGACCUUCUCAUAUUAGUGAAAAUAACUGGAUUGUUUUACCUUUAUAUGAAGAAGACUUUCCAGAAAAACAUGGAGAUGGUGAUUUAAAAGAAGGUUCUUCUGAUAUUGAUAAUGGGAAAAAGAUUUUCAUGAAUUUGAUUGAAUUAAGUAAAAUACUCAGCGACAUUUUAAAUCAAUUUUAUUCAAUGAAAGCAAUGAAUGAAAUCACAAAUAUAAAUGAUGUUUUAAAAUUAGCAAAACCUUUGCAGCUAAAACUUAGGAACUGGUUCCAUUCAUUACCAAUAGAACUUCAAAUGACUUCAGUACAACCAAGAAAAUUAUGUUCAAAUGGUUAUUUACAAUUAGCUUAUUUUGCAACAGAAUUAACAUUACAUAGAAAAAUCACCACGGUAAUAUAUCAACAAACAAAACUGGGAAAUCCACCACCGAAUGAAUUAAUCAACGUAUGUAGGGCAGCUGCCAAGACAAGAUUAUUAGCAUCAAUUGAAUUUGUAAGAGAUUUAAAACCAGAACAUAUACAUUCAUUCUGGCAUUCUUCAAGUUCUUCAAAUUUUACAUUAAUUGGAACAUUUGCAGCUAUAUUGUAUAUGUCAAGUCCAACACAAGAAGAAGCUGAUUUUUACAAAGAUCAAAUAUUUAAUUAUAGAUGGAUACUCAAGAUAUCAUCAAAAGGUUUCGAUCAAGUUGCAGAAGCUUUGUCUCAGCUAGAUUUAGUUUUGAGUAAUAUUCCAGGUUUACUUAAUGAUAAUGUAGAUAUGCCAAUGGUUUUACCCAAUGUACAAGAUCCACCACCAAAAAGUCCAUUUUCAGAACCACCAACUCCUAAUAAUACAAACGGAUCGACGAAAAAGAGACAUCCAAGUAAUUUAAGAGAUUCACCAUAUAAUUCACCACAAAGCUUUUAUACACCAGUAAAUGAAAAAAAUUCCCCAUCAGUAUCCCCCAAAGAUUAUAAGAAACAAAGUAUUACAAGUGAAACUCCAAAAAGUCCAAAAUAA